AUGCAGAUAAGGCUGAUUCCGCGGGAGGAGAGCGUUGCGGAAUGGGCGAUGAUAGAGUUACAAGGGACAUUGGAUUCAACUGGUACACUUGCGGGACAACGAAUUGGAAUCCUGAAAUGGGAGAAUAAGAAAGCUUUAUUUCGUAUUGGCCAUCACAUUAUGGAAGGGAAAGAGAUAAAACUUCAGAACCCGUUGCUUGUACUUGUACGAGACGUAGAAAAUCAAGGAGUCGUACAAAUUGCCGCUGUGAUUCGUAAAAAAGUUCAAUUCCGUGAUCGACCAAUGCCCGUAUGA